AUGUGGGCCGUCGACAGUCGUGCAACGAACCACGUUUGCCACAAAAAGACCAAGUUUGCAAGUUUGGCAGAGCGCAACGAGGGCGAACUAUUGGUGGCUGAUGGCAACAAGGUGGCCAUCAAGGGUGUUGGAACCAUCAUGGAAAAUGUGGUUCUGACCAACGGCGAAGAGCGCGAGAUCGAGAUCAAGAACGCGUUACAUGUUCCCAGUCUGAGCAAGAACCUGCUUUCGGUGCCACAGACUAACAGGCAUGACAUCUCCAAGUCGUGUUUGACGGGUCCAAGAUUCGACGUACUGCGCAAGAUGAUCACGACCAACAUGAUCAAGGAUGUGCGAGUCCCUCUCAAGUUGGGUGGAGCAAGUGCAUGCCGCGGGUGUCAACAAGGUGAAAAAGUCCAAAAACCAUUCCCAAGCAACCGCGACAAGCGCAGCUAUGAUAAGUGUGAGCUGCUUCAUCUGGACAUCUGUGGGUCCAUGGAAAAUGAUUCGCUCGGUGGUAGCAGAUAUCUGCUACUGAUCAGUGAAGACUACGUCCGGAAGUACAUCACUGUGGUUCAGACGCAGUUCAGUAAGAAGGUCAAGUUUGUGCGACACGACGGAGCUUGCGAGCUCGCAACCAACUCGCUUCAAAUGUUCUACAAAGAUGAAGGCAUUGAACAGCAAACAACGGUGACAUAUGCGCAUCAAACCAACGGAACAGCAGAGCGUGCCAUUAGGACUAUCCUUACGAUCGGCCGCAGCAUGCUUCAUCAUGCCAAACUAGACAAUUGUUUCUGGGCUGAAGCAGCGAUGACGGCCAUCUACGUCAAGAAUCGACUGCCGUCACCUAAAGUCGUACUCAAGAAUACGUUUGAGAUUGUCGACAACUCGAAGCCAAGCGUCAAGCACAUGCAAGCAUUCGGGUGCCAGACGUACAUACUGACACCAAAGGAGAAUCGGCUUAAGUGGGAUCCAAAGGCUCGCACUGGCAUAUUCGUGGGAUGCGAAGAAGUGUCGAAGGCGUAUCGAGUUUAUGACAUUGAGGCGGGACAGGUGGUUAUCUGUCGCGAUGUCAACUUCGACGAGUCCACCUUUGGACUUCCGCCGCCGAUCACUGAUGAAGAUGCCGAUGACCUGGACUUCGAAUUGCUUGACCUCAAUGAUGAAGAGCCGCGUCAGGUGGAGUACAAGCAAACAGGCAAGCGCAAAAACCGCCUCAGUGAUGAAGAUACAGCAGCUCCACGGCCACGUGCAGUGCUUCAACGACCUGGACUAGAAGAGUCAAGCGUAUUGUGGGUUGACGGUUGA